UAACCAUAUACUGUCGGACAAAAUAUUAGAGAGAAAGAAAACGGGGGGUCGACAGCACAUCGUAUCAAGCUCGGGGCAACGAAGUUUAACUACUUGUUACUUUUUGUCUUGCAUGAAAUUAUCUAUUCGUUAGAUAUUAUAUCAUAAGUGUUUGUUGUGAGUUGAAGAUAAAAAAUUGUGCAGUGAGCUAAAGUAUUCAGAAUUCAGCGAACACAAGUUGAUAAUUGCAUCAGUUCAGGUCAAAAUGGCAAAUAAUAACGAUGAAUACUUAACUUUUCAACAAGAAACGUACGACAGAUUAAAAAAUAUAAAGGAUUUGGAUACUCGGCUCGUAGAAUUUUAUCACUUACUUAAUGAUUAUUCUCUUCGUUGUCCGGAAAGCGAAUUGUUGGACAGAAUUUUUAUAGAUUUCAUGAACUGUACAAGUCUGUUCCCGAGUUCUGAUAAUAAAAAACGUAUAUUAGGAUUUGCUGUAUUUAAUCCAAACUUGCGAGUAAUAAAAUUACUCGAGGCGAGCGGACUCGAUAUAUACGAGGUCGAGUUAGAAGAUGGAUCAUCGGCACUUUAUUGUUUGAUUGAGGAAGCGUAUCUACGUACUUUUGCUGAAUUCGAUCCAAAAAUGAAAACUCUACGGGUCAUAGAAUAUUUUUUGAAAAAUCCACGAGAAAACUUCUGUGACGGUAAUGGACACACGUACUUACAUGCGGCCUGCAUGUCUGGCAAUGUGACUGCAAUAAAUCUACUCCUGAGCCGAGGCGUGGAUGUAAAUCUCGACUCGUACGAGUAUUCAGCGUUGCAUAUUGCAGCCCAGUACCGACAUCUAGAUGUGGUCCAAAUUUUAUUGGAACACAAAGCUAAUCCAAAUCAACCAGAUCACGAGCAGUCAAUGCCUCUUCACGCACUCGCGAGGCUGUGCCUAUGCCACUGCACCAACGGCGUCAGAUUUUGCGAUAAGAGAAAACCAGUUGAUGAUAUAAUUCAAACGCUAAUUGAAUAUGGAGCUAACAUCGAAGCUCAAAAUCGUCAUGGCGAUCGUCCUCUGGAUUUGGCGGUCUCUCGUUUCGAUGUGCAGCUUGUCAAGUCGCUUUUGAAAUACGGCGCGAGUCUUGACAAUUUGAACGAGGAUAAAAUGUUCGGCACAGAAUUCACAUCGAUCGAAUUAAAAAACUAUCCACUUACACUGAACAUCAUCGAGAUGGUACAAUUAUUGCAAUCAGCAGGAUUUAAGAUGAGAUUUGAAACCAGACUCAAGAUGUUAAAAUAUUGGAUAAAAGUUCGAGGAAACGACACCGACCAUCUGAUUCCUGAAUUCAGUCAUCCCCCAACAGAUCUGAUCAUUGGUGCAAAUAUUUUUUUAACUCUAUGCUGUAUUAUUAACAAUGGGUUUUAUAUUAAACAAGAAGCUAAAGACUUUUUGCAACAAAAAAGCGAUGAAAUAAAACAAAAAUUUCCAGGACAGUCGAACUUAUUUCGGCAAGAUCAAGAGGAUUUAUCGUCUGAAAAUGUUUCGAAACUCAAGAACAUCAUGUUAACCGACGACGUCUCGCUGUAUCAACUUUGUCAAAUGAACUACAGCAAGGGUUACUCGAUCGUCAAAAAAUUGAAUAAUUGGCAACUACCACCAAUGGAUGAUUUUUCGUGUACCGAGAUAAACCUGAUUGUAAAGAGGCACGUAGCAAACAUUCUAAUAAGGCCACAUUUAGAAUUGUUCGCAGCCGAUCUCUUCAUGACUGAUUAUUGUAAAUUAAGUCUUCCUUACGUCGCUUGUCGACGAAUAGCCGAAUGUAUGAGUCACGAGGAAUUACUGAGAUUGUGCCACCAGACAGACGAAGAUAAAUUACAAUCGAGUCCGAUACGUCACAAAAGGAGAUGUGACGACGACGACACCAAAUCUCAACCUCGAAGUUCGCGGCAACGAGUGCCAUAAUCAACUCUGGGCCGUAAGAUCUAUCACAGGAUCGAAUGAUUGUGAGUGAGUUAGGUAUUUUUUUUAUACCUAAGUUUUUCAAUGUGAAAAAAAACGCCAAAUUUCAACGAUCACCUUGAAUAGUUCUUUUUAUAACCUUUAUUGACUUAUCACUGUAUUGUAAGUCGAUGUGAAAUUUCCUAAAAAAUUGAAUGAUUUAUUU